GGGCGCUGUCUAAUUGCACUAUGACGACCAGGGAAGCGGAAAGGGCAGUUCGAGAAAAAUCGUAAGGGAAAGCCUGGAAAAUCUGUUGAAAUGUUUUGAUAUCAAGAUCGCCUACAACAAUGAACAAGGGUGGAAGGGCAAACCUUCAGAACUACAGGCCGGUGAUCCGUAAGGGAAUUGGGGAUCGUCCCAUUCGUUUCAAGUGCUCCUUACAGAACACCAUCCUUGACGUCUUGCGAUCCAAGAACUGGGUUGAAGUUAAAGAAGAUGAGUUUGAUUUUGACUUUUUCUGGGCGGACCGGGUAUGGAUGCGGGAAUACUUUGACACGUGUUACAUGGAGGACCAUGUACGCAUCAACCACUUUAGAAAUCACUACGAGUUGACCCGCAAGAACCUCAUGGUGAAGAAUCUGAAGAGAUAUCGCAAGCAGUUGGAGCGAGAAGUCAGUAAAGUGGAGGCCUCGAGAUGCGACUUCUUUCCCAUGACCUUUGAACUACCAUCGGAGUAUCACAUGUUUGUGGACGAGUUCAAGAGGAACCCUGGCUCCAUCUGGAUCAUGAAGCCAGUGGCCAAGUCUCAAGGUAAAGGCAUCUUCCUCUUCAAGAAACUCAAGGACAUCAUGGAGUGGAAGAAGAGUGACAGUUAUCGGCCCAGGGACAGCAAGGACGAGGAAAAAGAACAGCCAGAGACUUACAUUGUCUCACGAUACAUUGAGCGCCCUUACCUUAUCGGAGGGAGGAAAUUUGAUCUCCGGGUCUAUGUGCUGGUAAACUCGUAUAUUCCAUUGAAGGCGUGGCUGUAUAGGAGUGGAUUUGCAAGAUUUUCCAACUCACGAUUCUCCUUAGAGUCCAUCGAUGACACCUUUGUUCAUCUGACCAACGUGGCCGUUCAGAAGACGGCGCCUGACUAUGACCCAGAGAAAGGUUGUAAGUGGUCGAUGCAGCAGUUCCGACAGUACCUGACUGCAAGGCAUGAUAUCCAAGAUGUGGAGGAGAUGUACAGAAAAAUGAACGACAUCUUCAUCAAAAGUCUCCAAAGCGUACAGAAGAUCAUGAUCAAUGACAAACAUUGCUUUGAGCUGUACGGCUAUGACAUCCUGAUUGGGCACGAUCUCAAACCCUGGCUGAUUGAAGUCAAUGCAUCCCCUUCUCUGACUGCCAGUAGUCAAGAUGACUACAAUCUCAAGGUUGGCCUGCUGGAAGACAUGCUGCACAUCAUCGACAUGGAGAACAAAUUGACGGGGAAGGAGAAGAGAGUGGGUGGUUUUGACCUGAUGUGGGACGAUGGACCAGUCAUGGCAGAGGAGGGCGGGGUGGACUGCAUCAGCCCUCCAUCCUACUCAACUAAUACAUUCCUUGGAUGUCACGUUGACAGGAAGGCGCAACUAAGGCAGCUCUUCAAGCACCUAGCAGCCAACAAAAAGACGUGAUGGAAGACUCAUCACCACAUUGUCUUUCUAUCACAAGAUGUCCGAUCCGUCCAUACUGUUGAUGCGGUGGUAGCAGGGUAAUAGCCUAGCAGCACAUCGUCGGCCUUAAAUGGUGGCAAUAGCUAUUUCUGAAUCUAGACUGUGGAGAUAUUUUUUGAUAUUAAUUGUUGGAUACCACCAAGCCUGCAACUUCAUGAUGAGAGAGUGUUGGCACUAGUUGAUUGGGAUGGCUUAUAAGGGUCACAGCAUAAGACUAAAAUCUCACUGGACUACCCUGAGUGGGAUAUCACAACACAUGUCAGUGGGGUUUUAAAUACUACCCCAAUUUGGUGAUCACAGAACAGACUAAUAGUUUCACUGUACUACCCCUUUUAGGUUGAUACUGUGUUAAAGAGUAAUGGUCCUUCUAGCUGAGCUCCUCGGUUUGGGAUAAAUAACUACCCCAAGUGGCCUAUAAUGUUAUUAUACGGCGCUUCAAUGAACCUCUGUCAUCUGAUUGGUUGCUCGUUGAUCACAUUCAUUGAAUUAUUCAUUCAAUCCACAUGGGCGUA